UGACUCAAAAUCUAAAUAAAAAAAUUUUGUUCAAUCAAAAUGUGCUUUCCAAUGAGAAAGUCCUUCCUGUUUUUACAUGACAGGGUUCACUAGACUCUGUCCUGGAGGGUCAGUGUCCUGCAGAGUCUACCUCUAACUUGCCUCAACAACACACCUGCCUUGAAGUUUCUAGUAUUCCUAGUAAGACCUUGAUUAGCUAGUUCUAUGUGUUUGAUUAGGGUUGGAGCUUAACUCUGCAGGACACCGUCCCUCCAGGACCAAGUUUGGUGUCCCCUGCUAUAGGAGAUACAACAAUAUAGAAUGAAUUUUGCGCUACUCUUUUUGAAAUUCCAAUUUGGAACCAGUGCAAGUUGCUUUGUUGUGCUUGUCUAUUGUGUUUUUCCACAGAGCCGCUAUAGGAGAUCCGGUCCGAGGCUGCACAGACAUUGUGAGACCUGUUUCAGUCGCCGCUGCAAAGCCUCCAUAGAAGUGUCCGUGUCAUGCAUGGUCAUCAACUGCCGCUUGCUUUGUGGGGCCUCCUUCCACAUGUGUAAAGAGGAUGAACACUCUCUGCUGUGUCCUAAUGAGAAGGUGCCUUGUCUCAAUGCUCACUAUGGCUGCCCUUUCACCUUGUGUCGCUCUCGGUUGGCCAAACAUCUUGAGGUGUGUCCCGCGAGCGUCGUCUGCUGCUCGAUGGAGUGGAAUCGUUGGCCUCUUGAGAACCCAGAUGCCCCCUUGUAUACGAACCUACUGAAAGAGCUCCAUGAGCAAGAAUCACUGGACCUUUCCAUGGCACUACAAGACCAGAAACAUCUCUGUGCCCGGUUGAAAAUGAGAAAAUGCUUUCCUGAGUUAAUGGAGGAACUAGAAGAGGAGCCUGCUGCAGUGGAGGAGUACGACGAUGAGGACGAAGCCGUAGGAAAAGAGACUAUGUGUAAUGGGAUGCACAUCAAUGGACAUGAAGGUCCAGGAGGAGGCUUGGUGAAUGGACCCUCUAAAGCUUGUGAGAAAGCUCUGAAAGAAGAUGUGGUCCUCAACGGCCCUGUUGAUAAAGACAAGUACAAUCUUUUCGAAAAGAUGUUUAGCAUGGAAAUGGGUGGUUGCAAGCAAGCAGAGGCAGAGGCAUUGAAAAAAGAAGAACAGAAUGGAAAAAAGACAUCUAAAGGUUCUUCAAAGCCACAAGGAGCUCCUGUAGAGCCCGAGAAAAAGGAAGCAAACGGAUCCCAUGUGGAUAUCACCAAAACUGGACUGGCACCUUGGCAAGAUGGUGUCCUGGAGCGACUCGGACAGGAAAUGAAACCCAGAGAAUUCAACAUGUACAUAGUGCAUCAUGGGCGCAUGUUGAUCUCAUUUGGUCAGAUGGAUGCUUGCACGCCCCGAGAGAGAGACUUUGUUUAUGGGAACUUGGAACCAAUACCAGUCCAGACUCUACGGACCUUCAAGGUUCCCAGUAGUUACAAACAAAAACGCAUUCAACUUAGAGAAUUCAAUACAAGAGUAAUGACCGAGCACAAGGGUGUUGGCACAUCUGACCUGGAUAUGCCUGAGAAAGAUGGCGAGGAGAUGGAUGAGAUGUUUUCAACCCUACUUUGUUAUGCAGAGGUUGAGAUAAGGGGCCACAAAAUAAGUGAAACAGUGGCAACAGAUGGACUUUAUGUCGAUAUCGCAACACAGACGUAUAAUUUUGCCACAGCUCCCUUCAAAUCCAACACAACUCUGACUGAAAUCACAGCAGGCAGGGAUCUGAAACUUCACGUUGACCUCGAUACAGAAGCAGUUACCCUCAGACACAACAAAUCAACCUCAGCUUUCACGUUCAUGUGUGGCCAUGUCUUCCGGCGUGAUGAAUUUGCCUCACACUUUAAGAAUGUGCACUUGGAUAUCCAGUCCUCUCUGAGUGGCUGGUUUGAGCAGAGAUGUCCUCUGGCCUACCUUGGUUGCACCUUCAGUCAGAGAAGAUUACAGCCCUCCACACACAGGGCCAAAGUCUCCUAUAACCAAGACCUCAGUAUUUUCACCCUCACACCUGAGGUUCCUGCCUCUCUUAUGAGCGAUUCACAGACCGUUCCACUAAAGGCACAUAUCAAAUAUAAAGAUUCUCUCAGUAACCUUCCCUUCGAGGUGCUUUGCCACAUAGCUGGUUACCUGGAUAGUUUCACCCUGUCCCAGCUAGCCUUGGUCUCCCGAUUGUUCAGGGACAUAUGUGCCACACUUCUGCAGGAAAGAGGCAUGGUGGGCUUUAAGUGGCACAAAAAGUCAUACUCUCAUGGAGGUACCUGCUGGAAACCUACCAAAGUCUGGGAGUUUAGUACUCUUUUUAGUAAAGUUGGUAACUGGUGCAUCGGUGACACACCAUCAAUGGCUGAACACCUGAAACACUGUCCAUUCUACCAAACUGAACUGAAAACUGAGCCUUUUGCCCUGGCCAGUAUGUUUGACAACAAAGGAAAGCAGAGACACAGUUUGGUUUCUUUGUUGAUGAGAUGCAAAUGAUACUGUAACUGGUACUUUUAUUUAGAAUUUUUGGUAUUUACAGCGAGUCAAAUAUCCACUAGUGAAAAUGAUUCUAUUUAUAUUAUCCUAAUAUUUACUACUGUUAAACUAAUAUUCUACUAAUAUAUGUUUCUUUACAAAUGAUAACAACUGGAGUUAAAACAUUUAUUAAAAAAUGAUCAGUUGAGUGUUUGUUACAUUUUUGCUUUAUUGACAGUAGUCAUUUCCACUUUAUCCCUAUCACAAAAUUGCUCAUUUGACUAGAAUGCAAGUUCUUAUUAUUUAUGGUUAUUUAUUAAUAAUUUUAUUUCUAGGUUUAUAUUAAUUCUGACUCCCAGAUGUUCAGAUAUUAAAGGUAGCCUACUUCUUGUGUGUUUGAUUUCUAACUUAAUUUUGCCUUUUAUUCUCUCUCUGUGAAACUAAAACAAUAAAACGUAAAAUUUAA